AUGUCAAAUUUUUUAGGGGAAUCUAAAAGCGUCACUUUCAAAAACACUCUCUCUAGAUUGGUUCAACAAUGUAAGAACCUUAGAGAAAUCAAAAUUGUUCAUACCCAAAUUCUAAAGUCCCCAAUUUUACUUACAGAUGACCAAUAUUAUCUCAUUACCCGUUUACUGUUCUCUUGCUCCUUCUCCAAUUAUGGUUCUUUCACCUAUGCCAGCAAUGUCUUUCACAUGAUCAGGAACCCAGAUCUUCGUGUCUAUAACAUCAUGAUUAGAGCAUAUGGAUGCAUUAAUGAAGGUGAUGAUAACCAUUAUUUUAAGGCUUUGUUGUUGUAUAAGCAAAUGCUUAACAAGGGGAUUGUCCCAAAUAACCUUACUUUCCCUUUUCUUGUAAAGGGUUGUAAUAGGUUGCAGUGUGGUGCUACUGCUGGCCAAGUUAUUCAUGCACAGGGGUUAAAGUUUGGAUUUUUGAAUGAUGUUUUUGUUGGGAAUUCUUUGAUCAGUUUAUUUAUGAAUUUUGGGCUUUUGAAUAAUGCAAAGAAGUUGUUUGAUGAAAUGUUUGUUAGAGAUGUUGUCACUUGGAACUCGAUGGUUGUUGGGUAUUUGAGAAAUGGGGAACUUGACAUGGCGUUGAAUUUGUUUAGAAAUAUGAAUGGAAGAAAUAUUAUAACUUGGAAUUCGAUUAUUACAGGGUUGGUUCAAGCUGGCCAUGCAAAGGAGUCGCUGGAACUUUUCCAUGAAAUGCAGUUUUUGAGUGGUGAUAAUGUGGUUAAACCGGAUAAGAUUACAAUAGCUAGUGUCCUUUCAGCUUGUGCUCAACUAGGUUCUAUAGACCAUGGGAGAUGGGUGCAUGCGUAUUUAAGAAAAAACAACAUAGAGUGUGAUGUGGUGAUUGGAACAGCACUUGUCAAUAUGUAUGGCAAAUGUGGAAAUGUGGAACAAGCAUUUGAGAUCUUCAACAACAUGCAGGAGAAGGAUGCCUCAGCAUGGACGGCAAUGAUUUCGGUGUUUGCUCUUCAUGGAUUAGGAAUGAAGGCUUUUGAUUGCUUUUUAGAGAUGGAAAGGGCUAGAGUAAAGCCUAACCAUGUGACAUUUGUUGGACUAUUGUCAGCUUGUUCCCAUUCUGGUUUGGUAGAUCAAGGUCGCUGGUGUUUUGAUGUAAUGAAACAUGUUUACUCGAUUGAACCACAAAUUUAUCACUAUGCUUGCAUGGUUGAUAUUCUUAGUCGAGCGAGGCUCUUCGAAGAAGCAAUGAUUCUCAUUAGAAGCAUGCCAAUGAAGCCAGAUGUUUAUGUAUGGGGUGCAUUACUUGGUGGCUGUCAGAUGCAUGGAAAUAUAGAGUUAGGAGAAAAUGUAGCAUGUCAUUUGUUAGAUUUGGAGCCUCUUAAUCAUGCUUUCUAUAUGAAUUUAUGUGAUAUAUAUGCCAAAACUGGUAGGUUCGAUGCUGCCAAAAGAUUAAGGAAUUUAAUGAAAGAAAGAGGAAUUGAAACAAAAGUCCCGGGUUGUAGCAUGAUUGAAAUCAAUGGAGUAGUUCAAGAAUUUUCGGCUGGAGGAUCUUUUGAAUUUCCCAUGAAAGAACUCACAUUGGUCUUAGAUAGAUUAAGCAAUGAGAUGAAAAUAUGA